UAGGUGCCGCUGCCUUCCCAUCCAUGUGACGGUUUAGAGAAGGUCGUGGAGACCAACCAGGAAAAGGCGACGUCUGACCGUCGACCAAUCGCUACGCAAACUAAGGAAGGGGCGGGGCUCGUGCGCCUUAAGUUGGAGAUUGUGUCUUGCUGCUUCUAAGAUGAGCCGGUUCUUGAAUGUACUUCGUAGUUGGCUAGUUAUGGUGUCCAUAAUUGCUAUAGGGAACACAGUGCAAAGCUUCAGAGACCACAGCUUCCUUUCUGAGAAACUGUAUACAGGCAAGCCAGGCCUUGUAAAUGGUCUCCAAGCUCGAACCUUUGGCAUUUGGACCUUGUUGUCUUCUGUGAUCCGCUGCUAUUGUGCCAUUGAUAUCCGCAACAAGACCCUCUAUAACAUCACACUUUUGACCUUCUUCAUUGCCCUGGGCCACUUCCUCUCUGAGGUGUUUAUUUAUGGCACAGCAGCUGCAACGAUUGGUGUCCUGGCACCCUUAAUGGUGGCAAGUUUCUCCAUCCUGGGGAUGCUGAUUGGGCUACAGUACCUGGAGGUAGAAACCACAUCACAUAACAAGAAGCGGAAUUGACAUUACAGCACCUGUCUUCCAAUCUGCCCUCCAGUCAUCUUCCAGUGUCUACCAUAUUAUCUUCCUGAUCUUCUUUUUCGAGCCUGUACCAUACAGGGCAGUCAGAAUACUCUUAGAUUUCCCUAUUGGUUAUUUUAGUUCCCAUUUGAUUUUGAAAUGAGCAGAUAAUGGCAGAAAAAUAGUUUUGAGCAGUUCCUCCAAACUGGAUAUAGGGAGCAGUAUCUUAAAGCAUCGUGAGAUGUAGUAGAAAAGCCAAGUGAAGUUAUGCCAGGUGAAGGUUAUAGAUUUCCUCUCUUGACAUUCUGAUGGCAAAUGAUAGAAAAAGCAGUGUUGUCCAAAAUUUGCUGAAAGAGGGGGCGUGUAAUGUCUCCAUGGCACUCGGCAUAGUUGUCCAUAAGUAUGGCAUAAAUGAAAGGGAACUGUGAAAACUUGUGAGGAAGAAGUAUCUCAUGUCUGAGCUAAAUCCAAAGUACCUUAUAAAUUCUUCUUUUUGAAGAUUAAAGACUAAAGAGCGAAGCUUGAUCCUCUUUUGCCUUUAAGAGGCUACUUGUUUAGGUAACUGCUUUCUUCCAUCUUCCAGGAACCUGUUUUCUUUUCUCUGAAAAUAGCACAAUUCAUUUAACUGCUGUUCUUUUCUGAACAUAUAUGAGAACUGGAAUAGUCUAGGCAAGGCAAGUGCAUAGCAAGCCAAUAUUCCUGCCUGAGCAGGGGAUUAAACUAGAAGACCUCCAAGGUCCCUUCCAACUCUCUUAUUCUGUUAUUUAUUUCAAAACAAAGCUGUCAACCCUUGUAAAAAAGGGGCUGCCAAGGCCAUAGAACAAAUAAGUAACUUUCUGCUUCUGUAAAAAGAGGCAAAAAUUGUGAAUUUUUUAAUGUAAUGACUGCUGCUAUUGUGGUUAUGCAAAGUAUCUGCUUCCAAAAUGGAAUGGACAUUAGUAAGGAAAUGGAUUCUCCUGUUCCUAUAUCUUGCCACAUAGUCACCAAAUUUUACUGUUAUCUGUUUUUAUUCUAAUUUUUAAAUUGAUUAUUUUAAUGGUUUUUAUAUAUUACUUAUUAUGAAUAUGUAUGCUACCCAGAGUAAUUGUGUGAGAUGGAUAGCUAUACAGAGACAGACAGACAGACAGACAGACAGACAGAUAGAUAGAUUGAUAGAUAUAGAAAUAUGCUUUGGAGAUCAGAUUAUCUGGAACAGAUUUUGGAAAUGCACAAAGAACUCAGAAGGGAUUAAUGGAAUCUUGCACUGCAUGGUCAAAAAUAUCAUCUCAGAUGGCUGUUGCCCACAAUUAGUAUUUAUCUACCUCUCUCUACCAGAGUGACAUAUGCUAACACUGUCAAUUGUACAUAAUUUGGCUGUAGACUGUCAUCUGAAUUGGCAGUCAUUGAAGCCAAUUAUAACAGCUGUCAGUUUGCUAGCAAGACCAGUCAAAGUUUCAAACAUCUAAAGGAGAGAUUUCUCCUAUGUUUAUCUACUUGUGCAUUAUCAAGUCACAGUAAACCUAAAAAGAUACAUCAUAUAUCCACAAAAGAGAGGGCCUUUCCUGUGAUGGCAUCUUAUCUGCAGUGCACUGUGAAUCUACAGUUGACAUUAACAUGGUAUUCUUAACAUGUUUUAUUUCUCCAGCCACCUUAACUUGAAAUCAUUUUUUGUAACUGGUUAAAUGUGCCUCUCAAUUAUAUUAAUGUUUUUGCUUUAAUAUUGUAUUACAUAUGCUUUCUAUGCUGACUUUUGUGCAAAGUGCUUUAUACCAGUGGCCCCCAACCUUUUGGGCACUAGGGAGCGGUUCUGUGCAGAGAGGCUUUUCCGUGGACCGGAAGGGGCGUGGUUUCGCAUGCUGCCUGCAUCCCACAGAUGGGGCUUCAUUUGUUUGCACAGACUGGUUUCUGGCAUGCUGCAGACCAGUGCCGGUCCACAGACUGGGGGCUGGGGACCCCUGCUUUAUAAAUUUUUAAAUAAAUAUACCUCCCUUAUAAAUUAUUUUGGGCUGGGAUGCUCAAAGGCAAGUGUGUCAACCUCAGCCAUGUCAAAAGUUCUGAAGAUGAUCACAGAAGCAGCUUAACCCAGUCUUCCCUAACCUAGUAACCAAAUAGUUGGGACUACAACACCCAUCAGCCCCAGUUAAUAUGAGCAAGAUAGUGGAUUGGAGGGACUUUAGCUGAAACUCUGAACAUUCCAGGAAGCUAUCUGAACAUUGGCUAAGUAGAUCUUCCUACAUUCUAAAUUUCUUUCUAGUAACCAAGUCCUGUGAGGAACCAUUAGGAAAUCAGUAUACUUAGUCUGCAGAAAAAAACUGAGGGGAGAAGUUGUUGUAUAGAGGAGGGAGUGAACUUGUCCCAGAGGGCAGAACCAGAAUCAGUGGGUUGAAAUUGCAGGAAAGAAAAUUCAGAUUAGGUAUUGGACAGGAAGUUCCUAUAUACUCUGUAAUAAGUUGCCUCAUGAAAUGGAAUGUUCACUGGAGAUCUGAUGGCUGACAUCAAGUAGAUAAUCUUGAUUUUUCAAUAUCUCCCAAUUCUAUGAAAAACUUGUCAGCUUUCCCAGAGGAUUGUUCAUUUUCAUUUUGUUGUAACUUAAAUUGUACUCACAGGAUAGAUAAGGAUAAGGAAUGAAAACACGUUGACUUUUUAAUGCAUGCUGAUAGGUGAAAUAAGGACUUUAUGGUGUCUAGUAUUUAUUCCAGAUGAAUUACCUUACAGAACAUGUUAAGCAAAUGAAAUUAACAUAUGGAAAAAUGUAAAUUAACGUAUGGAAAAAUGUAAAUUAACCCUUUAACUAUUCAACUUACAAUGUACUAGCCUUGGUUCAUACAGCAUAAUAGACUAAAAAGUGUCUGGCUGCUUUAUGGUUCAGAAUGUUGUGCUAAUUUAGCCGAGGUGAUUGGUACUUGAAAAAACUGACAACAUAUGAAUUAUUUUAAAUUGUUUUAUUUUUUAAAUAAUCAUUUUCCUCAGAAUUUUUGUGACUGCACAGCUCUGUAAACUCAAGUCAAAAAUAAACUAAAACAUCAAUUACA